UCAGAGCGAAAUGGGAUAAUUUCCAGAUUCUGAUCGGAAUCACCAGCUCCAUCUCCAUCCGCUCAUUCGAAUGGUUCCGGUUCAGCUGUUUACGGCAUUCAUAUGCUUCUCCGGUUCGCUGUAUUGGUGUCUACAGUAGCUGUGCCUGUGUCUCUGGAAGGGAAGAUCUACUAAACAGCGGUUUAACCCUUUUAUGUCUGGAGGUUCCGUUACACCCCCCCCCCCAUCAUUAUAAUCUUAAUCUAAUUAUCCAUAAACACCUGCUCCCGAUUAUUAUAAACUGGGUCAGCAUCUCCAAGAGGUCCAGAGUCCAGUGUUUGGAGAAUAAGGUAUCAAGUGACUCUCAGACAAUAAACUAGAAGAAAGUGGAGGUGAUCGAGAACUGGUUGAGAGCUUCUUGGAUCCCAUCUCAGACAUGAACUACCAGCUGAAUGGACAGGAACAAUGUGAGUUUGAAGGAGUGGUUGUUUAUUUCUCUGACGAAGAGGUGAAUUGUUUAAAAGAAGAAAAGGAGGAAGAGAAGGAGCUUUACAGGGAUGUCAUGAUGGAGACCCUCUGCUCUCUUGGACAGAUCAAUGGGACAACUCCAUCCGUACCUGUGUUUAAAGGAGGUGAAGGCAAGCAGAAGAUUAAGGAGACAGAGAGUCCUGUAAACACAGAUGGCUCCAUUGGCAGCGGUAAUCCUGAAAACCAUAUAAAGUACAGACGUACACUAACCAAGAGAUUGAAGAAACCUGUUACAAUAAAAUACAAAGACUCCAUCUCACAAGAUCUAGGAACUUCUACAGAGAAGAUAAACACCGGAGAAAAAUCAUUCUCCUGUUCAGAAUGUGGGGAAUGUUUUCGGAAGUAUUCAGAUCUUGUCAGACAUCAAAAAACUCAUACUGGAGAAAAGGUUUUCUCAUGUUCUGAAUGUGGGAAAUGUUUUGCUCACCUUUCACUGCUUGUUGCACAUGAGAGAACUCACACAGAAGAUAAACCAUUUUCGUGUUCUGAGUGUGGGAAAUGUUUUUCCCUCAAAUCAUAUCUUAUUGUACAUCAGAGAACUCACACAGGAGAGAAACUUUUUUCAUGUUAUGAAUGCGGGAAAUUGUUUUCAUACCACUCCCACCUUGUUAAACAUCAGAGAACUCAUACAGGAGAGAAGCCUUUCUCAUGUACUGAAUGUGGGAAAUGUUUUAGCCAGCACUCAGAUCUUGUUCGGCAUCAGAUAACUCACACUAGAUCAAAGCCUUACUCAUGUACUGAAUGUGGGAAAUGUUUUAUACACCACUCACUGCUUGUAACACAUCUGCGAUCUCACACAGGAGAGAAACCUUUUUCAUGCUCUGAAUGUGGGAAAUGUUUCACCAAGAACUUAUAUCUUAUUGCUCAUCAGAGAACUCAUACAGGAGAGAAACCUUUUUCAUGUUCUGAAUGUGGGAAAUGUUUUACCCACAACUCGUAUCUUAUUGCACAUCAGAGAAAUCACAUGGAAGAAAAGCCUUUUUCAUGCUCUGAAUGUGAGAAAUGUUUUACACAUCAUUCUCACCUUGUUAAACACCAGAGAACUCACACAGGUGAGAAACAUUUUUCAUGUUCUGAAUGUGGAAAAUGUUUUGGCCAGCACUCAGACCUUGUUCGUCAUCAGAUAACUCACACAGGCGAGAAACCCUUCUCAUGUUCUGAAUGUGGGAAAUUUUUUAGCUGCAAAUCAAAUCUUAUUAGACAUCAGAGAACUCACACAGGAGAGAAACCUUAUUCAUGUUCUGAAUGUGGGAAAUGUUUUAGCCAGCCCUCAAGUCUUGUUAAACAUCAGAAAAUUCACACAGGAGAGAAACCUUUCUUAUGUUCUGAAUGUGGGAAAUGUUUUAGAUUUAAAUCUGAUCUGGUUGCUCAUCUUAGAACUCACACAGGAGAGAAGCCUUAUUCAUGUUCUGAAUGUGGGAAAGGUUUUAGCCGGCAUAUAGAUCUUAUCUCACAUCAGAGAACUCACAUAAAGUCUAACACCCUAUUAUGAUGACUUGAACUGUGCUGAAUUGUAACAACCAUAUUAUUAUU